AUGGCCGAAGACGAGCCCCCUCAGUCUCUGAGGUCCCUCUUCGAGCAGGCCGAGGAAACGCAGACGACGCUCGCAUCCAUGCACGACUUCAGGUCGGAGCAGUACCAGGAAACACUCGCAGCGGCCAUAAAAUCCUACGAAGAGUGUCUUCGCCUAGUGGUGGAGCUCUCCAUCUUCAGUCCCAACGAGUCUGUCGAAGAUAUUGCCACAUCCUCACUUCCUUACCUUUUGAUAAACUACCACCUUGCCCAGCUCGUGCAAAGAUUCCGACCCUCGUCACAGCAGAUCGACUCAAUACAGUUCGAAAAGCAGCGGCCGCUUACGAGUCGUUCCUCGGGCUCCUCGACCGGGGAUGAGGAGCUUGUGCGACAAGUUUAUCUCACCAACAUCGAGUUUCACGUCCAUAUGGCCUUCCAGGACCUCGAAAGCCUUAACAAGGAGCUAGAUAUGCUCCGCCAGGCCCCGCCGAAUCCUCGACCGCAGCAGAUGGUUCCGAACGAUGCGCGCCACCGGGCACCCGGGCAAAAUAACGACAGCUACUCCGAACGCCUCGAUGCGCCACUAACUUCUCUUCUGGGGACUAGGCAAGACUUGAAGAAGGGCGUUUUCCGCUCCGGCCACAAUCUUCCCACUAUGAGCAUCGACGACUUCCAGCGGCCUGAGCCCGAUGAGGAUAACAUCGAAAAGGCCGAUGCGGAGACGUAUAAAGCCAGAGAAUGGGACGAAUUCACCGAGGCGAAUCCCAAGGGUUCCGGAAACACACUGAACAGGGGCUAG